UGCGACCCUUGACAAACAGCAGACAUUUUCCGGAACACCGAGGUUCUGUUCCGAGAUUUCAGUCUCACACCAAUUGAUCUACCAGCGACUGCAGGUAACCGGUUUGUACAGAAACAUCAGAAAUGGCUUCAGAUAUUCCAACAGAGGCCAUAGAUAUCCACAACGAAUUGGUGUUUUAUCUUGGAACACAGAUUGAGGAGACCAAAUUACAUCAACUUAAGAACCUGUUCAGAAAUAAUCCAUUAACCCCAGUCGACAUUGUUUCGAUUAAAAACAUCUAUGACCUAUUCGACAGUCUUAUGAGAUACACUAGAAUAGCUGUGGGAGACUACACACAAUUUGUACGGAAACUUAAACUUACAAAUCCUGACCUGGAGAGAUAUGUGAAAGAGAAAGAAAAUGCAAUUAAAAGCAUUGUUGAUGGAGGUCCAUCACCAGCCAAGCAACCAAGGUCAGGAGAUCAAGGCCAGCAACAGUCUACAGGUUUGUGAUCAGUACAUGUUCAGUGGAAUGUAAAAUGUAAACUUUGGUCUAGUGACUACUAUGUUAGAGGAGGGAUGUACAUGUACACACAAGUAUACAUGUAAGAACAUAUUUUCAGUGACACCCACGCAUUGAAAGGACUAUGUAACAGUGCUGGUUGUUCAAAUUGCUUUUUGUCUGUAGUUUCAUCAGUCAGGAAGUCCAACAUUCCUUGCCUGAACAAUUUUUGCUGUCUGUGUGUCUGUCUGCUUUAAGAGUAUUCUGAUCAAGUUCCA